AUGGCGAUAGAGAUCAAAAGAAAGGCCCCCUAUGCUCAUACCAUAUGUGAAAUUGUGAAAGCUCAAUGGGGAACCGCUGCUCAUCUUGUGUUUCUCACUUUUUGCUUCUUGACAAACAUCAUUGUCACGGCCAUGCUUCUUCUUGGUGGCUCUGCUGUCGUGAAUGCACUCACUGGAGUGAACAUCUACGCUGCAAGUUUUUUAAUCCCACUUGGCGUAGUUGUCUACACGCUUGCAGGGGGACUAAAAGCCACCUUCUUGGCAAGCUACAUACAUUCAGUAAUAGUGCACGUUGUUUUAGUCGUGUUUGUGUACUUAGUUUACACAUCAAGCAGUAAGCUAGGCAGCCCAAGUAUCGUAUACCAUCGUCUGCUUGAGGUUGCAAGCAAAUCAAGAGUCUGCCAAGAGCCACUCACCCAUAAUGGGCAGUCUUGUGGGCCAGUUAGUGGGAAUUACAAGGGCUCUUACCUUACAAUGUUGAGUUCUGGAGGGCUCGUCUUCGGGAUAAUUAACAUUGUUGGCAACUUUGGUACCGUGUUUGUUGACAAUGGAUAUUGGGUAAGUGCCAUUGCUGCAAAGCCUUCAUCAACUCAUAAGGGCUAUUUGUUGGGCGGGUUGGUCUGGUUUGCUGUGCCAUUCUCUCUGGCAACGUCACUAGGUCUAGGAGCACUAGCCCUUGAUCUACCUAUAACGGCAAGUGAGGCCAGUCAUGGACUUGUUCCUCCUGCAACGGCUAUUGCUUUGAUGGGAAAAGGAGGAUCUAUUCUUCUACUUACUAUGCUUUUUAUGGCUGUGACGUCUGCCGGUUCAUCAGAACUAAUAGCAGUCUCUUCCUUAUGCACUUAUGACAUCUACCGCACUUACAUAAACCCAGAUGCAACUGGAAAGCAAAUCCUCAGAGUGUCAAGGGGAGUCGUCCUAGGCUUCGGAUGUUUCAUGGGACUUUUAGCAGUAAUACUAAACAAGGCUGGAGUUUCAUUAGGAUGGAUGUACCUCGCCACGGGAGUCUUCAUUGGCUCUGCCGUCCUUCCCAUAGCUUUCAUGCUUCUAUGGCGAAAAGCAAAUGCAAUCGGUGCCAUCCUUGGGACGACUAUUGGUUGCAUUCUUGGGAUUAUCACUUGGUUGUUAGUUGCGAGUGUUGAGUAUGGAAGGGUCAAUCUUGACACGACUAGAAGGAAUGCACCGAUGCUUGCUGGAAACCUCGUGUCCACACUUACUGGUGGAGCAAUUCAUGCUGUGUGUAGUUUUUUGUGGCCUCAAAACUAUGAUUGGGAUACGACAAAGCAAAUAACUAUGGUUGAGAAGGAAAAGAGUGAAUUGCUAGCUGAGGAAUUCAAGGAGGAAAAGCUAAUAAGAGCGAAAGCGUGGAUUGUGAAAUGGGGUGUUGGUUUUACUGUUGUGAUUGUUUUGUUGUGGCCCCUUUUUUCUCUUCUUGCAGGAAUCAGACUAAAGGCCUUGAGAAUGGACGGAAUGAGGCCAGGGACUUUCAGCAAUUAG